CUGGUUUUGAUUGCCUUCGUUGUGAUACGAUGGUGCACUGCAGUACUUCAUUGACUUCUGUGCCCAUAUAUUUCAUGUGGAUUCUUCUUCUUCUGCAUUGGCAUCGCUUACUUCGCAUCAUGGGUUGCUCUGAUCUCGCCAUGGACGGUGGGCAGGCGUCGAGGAGAGAGCUCCUCGGUCCCCGGCCGGCUCCUCUCAGGAUCCGGAAGGACUCCUACAAGUUAAAGAAACCUCCGGUGGCGCCGCCUCAGCACCGGCCGCCGAUCAUAAUCUACGCCAUCUCGCCCAAGGUCAUCCACACCACCCCUGACGACUUCAUGUCGGUGGUGCAACGCCUCACCGGCGCCGCAGCUGCCUCCUCCUCUUCGUCUUCUGCUGACGCUCCUUUAGCCACCGGGGAAGUGUUCUCCCCAGCUGCUCGUUUUGCCGUGUUCGAGAAGCCAGCGCAAGGCGCCAUAUCGGCUGAUCUGCUAGGAACCGGUGGUGGCCAGACUCAGAUUAGCUUCGUCAACGAACUCAGCCCAGCCAUUCAUGGUGGCAGGAGCUUUCCGGAGAUGAUCAACUGCUUCAUGCCGAGUCCCAGCAACUUCCUAUCCGGUGGAAUGGUACCUUCUCCUGCAGCUUUCUGGGAUCUCUUCAACCAAUACCAAGAUCCUUAGCCACUCAUGAAGCUGUCAACAAAGUGAUGCCAUGGAGAACUACAAGCACGAAAGACAUCACAAUAAGCUAAAUCUUCUCGUGACAUUGUUACAAGUAGUGUUGGGUUUGCACUAUACAGUAGUGUUCUUGUCCACCUUUAAUAGAUUAGAUGAAGCUCACUGAAUUGGGCCAUCAACAUCAGCUAUCUUGCUGACUAAAUGAUGCACAAGAUUGUUCUUCGCUCCAUCUAUAUUUCUCGUUCUUAUUCUUUUCCA